UUCAAACUUCCCUUUGGGAUUUUAGUUUUCAACAUAAAUAAGUAUCCAUCUCCAGAAGUUCAAAUCAGGUUCAGCAUCUCUGGCUCAUUUCAUAUCCGCAAAAUCAUCGGUUGUAGACUCAUUUCGUAAUUCUUUCCUAGAACAAGUUCAAGUUGUACUCACACGUCGAGCCGACGCAAAAUCUAUCACCGCACAACAUCUUGAGGUAGGAGUUGAUUACGUAAUUGCUUCUACGGAGGAUAUUGAAACCUGAAUAAAACAGUUUGAUAGCAUUAUCACAGCCACACUCGUCUCCGCCCGUGUAGUUGACCAAGAAGACAAAUCUCUGACCAGCAUGUCUGCUCCCCCCAAGAACAUCACAGAGGAACAACCUACUUUGUCUGCUUACGCCGGUGCGUACCGUGGUAGCGAGGCUCUGAUCCGGUACCAGGGCAACCUGGAGAGCGGCGAAGUACGCACGGCGUUGAAGGAUCCGUAUGCGGAGAGGAACGGGAAGGUUGACCCCAGUCAAAACUUUCUGACCGUCGCAAACGUGGCCCAGGGCCUCGGCCGGGAGAGAAACCUCUUUGAACAGGAGUUUUCCAGCAAAUCCACUUUGAUGCAACAGCGGCGCGCAGCACAGAAUGCAGCCGGCGAGGACCUCCAAGGAAACAAGCGAUUUGAGGCGGCAGCAGCCAGCGCCGCAGCGACAGUGUGGGCGGGGAAAUCCGUGCAGAGCCGGCAGUCCACGCCGCUGCUGGCGCACUUCCACGGCACCAGCAUCGGGACUGUGGCGACCGGCUGGAAGCAGUACCGCCGCGCAAGCAUGCUUGCAGGUUAUCAAAUGUAAAAAUGUCUGGGUCUGGAAGGAUGCAGAGAUUUGUGAUGCGGCUUUGGCAUGACCCCUAAUGUCUGUGAUGCAUGCCCUAGCAUCACAGAUUUUAUGAGGGCUUCCUGCUGAUGCCUAUACCGCAUGAGAAAUGCCCCCUCGCCGUCGCAAAAACUGGACCUCUUUUGCUGUUCAUGCAAUGCAGAAUUUUGUAGAAUCCAAAUGCAGCAUCACAAGUUGCAUCCUUCCAGACCCAGACAUUUUUGCAAUCCAUACAGGUCCCGGAUGCACGAUCAUUUUCGACGGCGAGAUGGACCACAACAAGCGCGCUCUCUCUACGGUUGCAAGCGUCGAGACUUUGCCGUAUUUAAGGAUGCCAUAAUUUUAAGUUUUUUUUCUGAUCUUGAUAAAAGUAAAACUCAAACCACGACUUUCACCACGACCCCUCGCCCUUGUAUUAGUUUGCUUUCUUUCGUAAUUUGAAUUUCGUCUCACGCUAAAAAUCUGCCUUUACACGACAGGCCUGCGACGGAGCUUCCCGCGGAUCCAGAUCGUUCUCCAUCCCCGGCAGCGCCGACGCAGGACGGGGUGCUACUUGCUACUAGUCCGAUCGCGGAGCAGUUACAAGACCCGGAACAUCAUCAAGAUCAAGACCGGGACGUCAGUUGGCUGCGGGGGCCCCGACACGACCAGCGGAGCCCUUCGCCGCGUCCCGUGCCGGAGUACAUCCGCAGUAAGACGCAGAGCUGGUACAGGAAGGUGAUGUCGCAAAAGGAGCUGCACCAGUGGUACGGCGGCGAUCCUUACGCGCCGAGUCACCACGUGCGCCUUAUGCAUUGCAAAUAUGUCUGGGUCUGGAAGGUUGCAACUUGUGUAAAAAAACUUCUGAUUCUAUAGAUAGCAUCACAAUGUGAUGCUAUCUCGGGACUCUAAAAAAAUCUGUGUUGCAUGACCAGCAAGAGGAGUCCAGUUUGUGCUACGCGGAGAGGCCAUUUCUCAUGCGGAGUAGGCAUCAGGAUCAGGAAGCCUUCUAAAGAUCUGUGAUGCUACGCCAUGCAUUACAGGUGUCGUGGGUCAUGGAAAAUCUGCAUGACAAGUCUCGCAACCUUCCAGACCCAGACAUUUUUACAUUUGAUACGCCUCGAGAAAAGCCCAAACCGGUACCGCGAUUUGCCGCACUCCGUUUUCUACACCAGCACGCGGUCUGCCGCGCAAAUGCGCAGUCCCCGCGCCACCCGGCCCGGCGCCGUGGUCGCGCGGUCGCACGUGCCGCUGCACACGAACCGCAGGUCGCAGAGCCCCGCGGCGCUGGUGAAAAGCACGCGACCCAGCCAGGUAAGGAAGCAUUACGACAUGACAGCGGAUGUGUCACUCUCCCAAAACACCGCAAAGCUCGCGCGGGACAACCUCCCGCUCGCACGACUCGUGCGGGGACGCGAUGAGGAAACAGGCGACCGGAUCCAACAGAGCCAGGAGGAGAUCCAGCGGAUCAUUGCUGAAGCGGCACCCUUGCUGGAGAUCUACAAAAACAAAAAAGCCCCGGUCUUGUCCCGCGUGGCGCCGCAGAUGGGAAAACCGGAUUUAUCUGCCACGGUGUAUUUUGAAGAGGGGCGGGAGCAAAUUCCGGAGGUUUUGAAGGGGCAGUGCGGGGAGGAGGAGCAAGAAGAAUGGGACCGGCGGGUGGACGCGUAUGGGUACGUGAAUGCCGAAGUGUAUAACCAGUGGGAAAACAAAGCGGACGCGUAUUUUAAGGAUUUGGGCAACAGUGUCGUGACGCUGGAUGAGGACCAGGGUGCGGAAGAGAAGGGUGGUCCUGAAGAUAGUAUGUUUACUGCCACACAGACACAGGAGGAGCAAACAUCAGCUGGAAAGAACUUCAACAAUAGCACCGGAGGUGGUUUUUCGAAUAAAGUGAAGGAAUUCACGGACCGCGGGCCGGAGUACGAGUGCUUGCGCAUUUGGAAGCCUGCGCAAGAGUUCAAGUAUCCGAUCACAGACAGAGCGGCGGCGAAAACGAAGAAGCCCAUAAAUUCCGCGCCGUUCAAGCGGCCCACGCAGGUGUCCCCCAGGUUGGAGGGCGCGGCCGCACCGCAGCUCCGCACGACGGAGCGCGCCAGGGCUCGUAAAGACGCACGCAGCCCGGAAACGAGGUUGCGCGGCGCCGUGCCGGCUCUGGACAGUAGUAGUAGACCUCCAGCACACGACGUCGAGCAGCAGGAGCGGAGCCGCGCGCCGAAGCCGGCCGUUGGUGGCACUCCGAAGCAGGUGCUUGCAGCGCGACGGUUGGAGCGAGAGAUUGGUACUAGUGGCGGGUCGGCGCGGGCGAAUAUGAUGAAUAAACCUCCUCCUAAGGUAGUGGCGCCGAUGCGGGCCACCGUGUUGCACGGGCGGCACCAGGUGGGGCGGAAUUUUGCGGGGAAAGAGUUCAAACUGCCCUACGACGUAAACCGUUACUUCCGGACGGAGGAGACGCUGGAACAGCGCCGCGAGCGGCUCUACCAGUACCAGAAGGGCGACCGUCGGUCCACGUUUCACGAGCGGAGCGAGCGGCGGCUGUCGCAGGGGAAGCAGGACCUGUACCGCUCACCCAAAACCGGGGUCAGUCACCACUUCGUGCCGGCUGAGCGCAGCCACGGCUACCGGGCAUCUACAAAUACGCGGGCACCGCCGCCUGCCGAGUACUAUUAUUUGACGCAGGAAGCAAAACACCUGUUCGGCAUCGUGAACCAACCGGAGGGACAGCAGGAAGACCAGCUGGAGGACCGUGCAGUCGAGGAUGAUGGUGCCAUCGACGGAAACUGAUUUAGAAGAACAAACGCUUCUAUUUAUUUACCUUCGUUUUGAAUAGGUUUGCAAACUACAACAUAGAUAUCUACUUGGCGUUAUUCUUUUCUCGAAAUUCGAUGUUGCAUGAUAGUUACGAGUCGUACCCUGCAUGUUGAGUGUAAGCAUUCAAAGUUAAGAACUGGACGUAAAGUGUGCUUUUGGUCUUUCAGAUUCAGAUGUAUAAGUGACAGGCUGUCAGAAGAUAUAGUGCUGUUUGACACAGCUUUUUGUUUUUUUUCGAUCCCCAUGGAGGAAACUGGUUUUCAGAUGAUAGUAAGUACAAGUACCCAGAAGCAGGAGCAAACAAGCGUGAGCGAUUUUCUAUGCGAACAUGCGUCGUGUCCCGGUCCACUGUUUGAAACAGUUUCAAUUUUUGCUGUCUUUUCAUCCGGAACAAGCAAAUAAUUCAUCGCUGCUCUGUAC